AUGCCAGAAAUUACACACACGACUCUCCUGGCAGCUUUGUCACUGCAAAACGCCGAAGCAGCACAAUGGAACAAAGACCUCAUGCGGCAAUUCCAGGCUGAACUGGACAGGAACCCUAAAGCUGACCUCUUGUCAAUGUUUCCUGAACUAUAUCGCCACGAACAUCGAAAAUCACAGUAUCUCCAACUGUCUCAUGCCGCCAAAAUCAACCUCCGAACUCUGCAUGACCGCCGCGAGGCUCUAAGGGCGGGAUGA